AUGUCAGACCACGAAGAUAUUCUGGAGAGCGAACCUCCCACUAUUGACCCGUAUGAGGUUUUGAGCCUCGAAAGGACUGCGACGAGCGAUGACAUCAAGAAAUCUUAUCGAAAGGCUGCGCUUAAGAACCACCCAGAUAAGGUGCCACAAGAUCAGAAAGAUGCUGCGCACGAGAAGUUCCAAGCUAUUGCGUUCGCCUACGCCAUCCUUUCCGACCCCGCCCGUCGCAAACGGUAUGACGAGACUGGCUCGACUUCCGAAUCGAUCGUAGACUCAGAUGGAUUCAACUGGAGCGACUACUACCGAGAGCAAUAUAAAGAAUCUGUGUCGGGCGAUGCGAUCAAGAAGUUUGCGAAGAAGUACAAAGGCUCUGAUGAAGAGAAGGGAGACGUGCUCGAUGCGUACGAAAAGUACGAAGGCGAUAUGGAUACGCUGUACGAGACAGUCAUUCUAAGCGACAUUCUGGAGGACGACGAACGUUUCCGCGAGAUUAUCGAUACGGCUAUCGAGAGUAAGAAAGUGUCCAGCUUCCCAGCCUACACAAAAGAGACGAAGAAGAAGCGAGAGGGACGCAUGAAGCAGGCCCGCGCUGAAGCCACGGAGGCCGAAGACUACGCAAAGGAGCUAGGUGUGCACGACAAGCUCUUCGGCGGCGACAAGAAGGGCAAAAAGAAGAAGGGCAAGGGAAACUCAGAGGAUGACCUGGCAGCACUGAUCCAAAAGAGACAGCAAGAUCGGUCAGAGAGUUUCUUGGAUCAUCUCGCUGAGAAGUAUGGUGCCAAAGAGAGCAAGGGCAAGGGCAAGAAGGGCAAGAAGCGACCUGUUGAAGAUGAGCCGUCAGAAGAGGCCUUUCAGGCAGCCGCUUCUCGUCUGAAGGGCUCGAAGAGGUCGAAACGGUAG